AUGGGCUUAAUGUUUGAAAAUCACAUUGUUAUAGUUGAAUUUGUAGCUAGGCUUACUUCGGGCCUCGGGGGCCUUAAGCUUACUUGGGCCCUAGUGCCAGUUCGGCCCAUGGAAUCAGACCCUGAAAACCAAAGAGAGAACCUCAAGGGCGGCGCUGCCAUGGAAAUCAGAGUACCUGAAGAAAUUGUAGGGCAGAUAUUCUCAAAGCUACCGGCUAAAUCACUACUGCGUUUCAAGUGCUUAUCAAAAUCAUUGAAUUCUCUAAUCUCUAGUCCAAACUUCAUCAGGUCACACGUCCCACGAUCCCAAGGUGAUUUACCCAAAUAUGUUUGUGGUUCAUAUUUCUUUGAUGUUAAUACUGCAGUAGAAGCUAAGCCAGUUAAGAUAAAUACACCAACUCUUUAUUCCAAAGAUAAUGAAGCCAAUGCCUUGAGGAUGUGUGUUUCAUGGGAUUUUUCUAGUAAUAACAGUGUCUCAAGCGCUGAUUUUGACUCUAACUAUUAUUCUAUUAUCGUAUGGAAUCCUUUGAUUAGAGAAUAUCGAAUAUUUCCGAUGCCUGAAAGUGGUGAUUAUGUGUCUUAUGGUUUAGGUUAUGACUCCGUUACUGAUGAUUAUAAGGUGGCAGGGACAUUUCUGCAUGGAGCUCUUCAUUGGAUGGCAGAAUUAGCAAAUUCCGGCUGGGUGGCAGAUUUUGCAAAUUCCGGCAAGAUUAUUGUUGCUUUAACUUGGCAGAUGAGAAAAUAG